AACCGCGCACCAACAAGCGAGCAGGCUCAGCACCACCAUCCCGGGAGCACCGCCGACAUGCAGACCUUCCUGAAGGGCCGGAGAGUCGGUUACUGGCUCAGCGAGAAGAAGAUGAAGAAGCUCAACUUCCAGGCUUUCGCCGACUUGUGCAGGAAACGAGGGAUUGAAGUGGUUCAGCUGGACCUCAGCCAGCCUCUGGAGGACCAGGGCCCCCUGGACGUCAUCAUCCACAAGCUGACCGACCUGAUCCUGGAGGCCGACCAGAACGACUCUCAGGCUGUGCUGCUGGUGCAGAGGGUCCAGGACUACAUUGACGCCCACCCUGAGACCAUCGUUCUGGACCCGCUGCCGGCCAUCAGAACCCUGCUGGACCGCUGCAAGUCCUACCAGCUCAUCCACCGGAUAGAAAGCUGCAUGCAAGACGAGAGGAUCCGCUCACCUCCGUUCAUGGUUCUGAACUCCGAGUGCAACGCAGAGGUUCUGGAGCAGAUCCGGAAGCACGGACUCACGUUCCCCUUCAUUUGCAAAACAAGGGUCGCUCAUGGAACCAACUCGCAUGAGAUGGCCAUCAUCUUCAGCGAGGACGACCUGAAGGACGUGAGGCCUCCGUGCGUGAUCCAGAGCUUCAUCAACCACAACGCCGUCCUCUACAAGGUGUUUGUGGUGGGAGACUCCUACACCGUGGUGGAGCGGCCGUCGCUGAAGAACUUCCCCGCAGGACCUGCAGACAGAAAAGCCAUUUUCUUCAACAGCCACAACGUCUCCAAGCCGGAGUCGUCCUCCGACCUGACCUCACGGGAGCACGUGGAGGGGGUGUCCCUGCCGCCCAGCGACGACGUCAUCCGAGAGCUGUCCAGGUCUCUCCGGCAAGCGCUGGGCGUCUCCUUGUUUGGCAUCGACGUCAUCAUCAACAACCAGAGCGGACGACACGCCGUCAUCGACAUCAACGCAUUCCCAGGUUACGAAGGAGUUCCUGAGUUCUUCAAUGACCUCCUGAGCCACAUCAGCAGCAUUCUCCAGAGCCGCUCCCCCGAAUACCCCCCCGCUGGGGAGCCGCCCAAGGGCCUGUCGGUGAGUGCCACCUCAGCGCCGGGCUGUGGUGGCGGCGGCAGCCCCUGGAUCGUGGAGGGAGACGGGGCGUUGAAAAGUCCUCGCCAGAGACUGAGUUGCACCCCGACCAUGUCGCCCAACUUCCAGCAGCACUGCGUGUCCACGCUAGCUACCAAGGCGUCGUCCCAGUGAUGGCUCCGCCCCCUCCACCUGUACCAUCCCUGCGGUGUUAUGGCUAAUCACAUUUCCUCUCUAGUUGUCGGCGACGGUGACCGGGUCUUUCCUCUCUUCUGCCUUGAUUUUGUAUUUUUGGUCCCGCGAGACUCCGCAGUACUGUAACGUGAAACUUUGGGAACUCUGACCGUCGUCCUCCUCUCCGACGUGACUUUGCUGUAAUGAAACAAAAAAAAAAGAAGGGUCCAGAAGAAGUGAAGAUGAGGCGCGAUAUGUGCAAUGAUCCAGGGGCGCGAGGAAGCUCAGGCGCUCGUUCACGACCAGUGCCAACUCUUUACUUGAUCACAUGACCAACGUUGUUUUACGCUCGAUGUUUGUCGUCCGCGUCACAUUCCGACGUUUCCUCAGAAUUCCAGAGUGCGACCCCUGAACCCCCCUCAGCUGACGAUGAUUUUAACGCACUUAAUCCACACUCUCGUUCCCAGAGCUCACUGUGAUUUCUGUUUGUUGUUUUUACUUCGAUUUUUCUUUUUUGUGAAUAACUUUAUUUUACUGAGAUUUUAUUGGGAGAAAGUGUUUUAUAUGAAUGAAAAGAUGUUUUUUUGGGGAUGAAAUUUGACGGACUUCAGAGGAGCGGAGGAUCGCUGUUAGCAGUGAAGAGAAGGGGCGGGGCUCAUGUAGGAAUGUCGCGAGGAGACACAGCUAGUCGCUUCUCAUGAGUUUGUCACUACAUCCUCGAAGGCUGCACGUAACUCGGUUCAGAUCCAACUGUGGACGACUGAAGGCAACAUCACGUCACACGUUGGACGGUUCUUCCUCUGCCACUCCCCUCCCCUGCUCCUACGCCUCCUGUAAAUAAUCGGCUUUACAUCGUCGGUGUUGUUUUGUAUCACUUGUGUUGACAGAGGGACAAGAAAGGAAAAAUCACUUUGACUUUUUCAAAAAAAUAAAACAACCUGGGCGAAAUAAAGAUGUGAAGCUGAACCGCGUUGUUUUUGAGAUUGUAUCCAGACAGGUGGUAAAGCUCUGUCUCACACAAGAACAAAACAGGACAGAAAUAUAAGUUUGACUCGCCUCAGUCGCCAUUAUUUAAAACUGGAUUACAACUUUCAACUACGAAUUCUUAACGGUCACGUGUUCAUCCAUCUUUUCCCUCUAGAGGUCGCUACAGCGUCGCCGUCUCUCCACACAAUCACGACUCCUUUCAAAGUCACCAAGUACUUUAAUUUCUUUUCUACAAAUUCACCAGCAGGGGGCUCAGUUUGACAAUUCAUAAAAGUGGGUCGGUUAAAAGCCUGUACACACCAUGAUCCCAUAAGAAAAUAAAAU